GUUAUACUCAGAAGAAUCGGGAGUUUCUGACACAUCUCUUUCACGCUCAUUAAUGACUGACAUCAGUGCACUGAUUGAGAAGAGAAAUCAUCAGCACCUGCUUCAUCAUGCCAGCAUCUUCACGGUUGCUGGAGGGUCAUGAACUGACGUCUCCGUACAAGAGUCUUCAUGACAGCUAUGUGUCCGAUCGCAGGGACUCCAGGUGUCCCGUCUCGGCUCUGCUGGCCGCUGCAUGUCUGCUGCUUUUGGGGAUUUUAUUGGCUGUGACAGUGAUAGAGGUGUUAAAGAAUGAGGAUCGAAUCCACGAGGCUCUGAAUCCUCCUCAGACACAGACGUGCUGUAAUCAAACCGGCCUCAUCGAGCAGAGCAGUAUUGUCCUGGUGGAGAGUUUUCCUCUGGGCCUGGAUUACGGGAGAAACGUGAGCGCUGGAGUGAAUCUGUAUGAAGCCUGGAAGGAUCUUCUGUCUCGAGCCUCUAAACAGAUCGACGUGGCGUCGUUCUACUGGUGUCUGACCGGCGAAGACAUCAGCGUGAACUCGUCCAGCGACAGACAGGGCAGAGAUAUUUUAGAAGAGUUCAAGGCUUUACCGUCCAGGAACGUGUCUGUGCGCGUCGUCACCAGCAUCCCAACUUUAGCUCCCAACUCAACCGACCUGAAAGUCCUCAAAGAACAAGGAGUACAGAUACGCCGCGUGAACUUCGGCCGUUUGACUAAAGGAAUUCUUCACUCCAAGUUCUGGAUUGUUGACGGGAAACACGUGUACAUCGGCAGCGCUAACAUGGACUGGAGAGCUUUGACGCAGGUGAAGGAGCUCGGUGUGGUCAUCUAUAACUGCAGCGCUCUGGCUGAUGACCUGCAGAAGAUCUUCCAGUCCUACUGGGUCACGGCUCCCUCCAACGCCUCCAUCCCGGAUCCGUGGCCCUCCGACUACGACACCCGGAUCAACCAGGAGCAUCCGCUGCUGCUCAACCUGAGCGGAGUCCAGAGCCAAGCAUACAUCACGGCCUCUCCGCCGGUCUUCUGUCCGGACUCUCGCACACGAGAUCUGGAUGCGAUCCUGUCGGCCAUCAGAGGAGCUCAGGACUUCAUUCAUGUGGCGGUGAUGGAGUUUUACCCCGCGUCCAAGUUCUUCCAUCAUCACGGAUACUGGCCCGUGAUUGAGGACGCUCUGAAGCGCUCUGCCGUGGACAGGAACGUCUCCGUCUGUCUGCUGGUCAGCUGUGGUCAGGAAACAGAUCCCGCCGUCUGGCCCUUCAUCAGGUCAUUAGAUGCUCUUCAUUCUCCAUCAGACAACAUCAACAUCGCUGUGAGAGUGUUUGUGAUUCCAGCGGGGAACCAGUCACACAUCCCUUACUCCAGAAUCAACCACAACAAAUAUCUGGUGACAGAUAAAGUGGCAUAUGUCGGCACGUCUAACUGGUCAGCUGACUACUUCAGCACCACGGCCGGCGUGGCUUUAGUGCUGUCCCAGAAUGCUUCAGGAAACUCGUUCCAUCAGCAACUGAGAGCCGUGUUCGAUCGAGACUGGAGCUCUCCGUUCUCUCAUGCGCUCGCCGAUCUCCAGCGAAUCCACGACUGCGCUUUCUCCACAUCUGCACCUUAGACACCAAUACAGC